UGCAGGGACGAACUCCUUGGUCCUAUAAUCCGGCAUCGGCCGCCGUCACCGAAUUGGCCCGUUCGAUCGGGGCGAUCAUGGGCCAGCAGAGCAACGCUGGUGUCUUCUCACCGGUCAGCAUCGCCAGUGCCCUCUCACUGAUGCUGAUCGGUGCCGGAGGAGAGACGAAGCGCGAACUGGUACGAGUGUUGGGCUUCCAGCAGUUCGAGCACAAUCUGCUCAACAUUCACCAGCUGUACAGCGCGAUGUUGAACGAUCUGGCCAAGACGCAGUAUGAUGCCGUGCCACCCUUCUGGCGCACGAGGAAUCCAUGCUACGACGGAGACGAUGGUCCGGAUGAGGAUUCUGGCUAUGAUCCGCCCACCAAGGAUACGAUCCGCGUCACGAACGCAGUGUUUGUGCAGGAUGGCCUGCAUCUGAACGGGACGUUUCAGUAUGAAUCCCGGCGGUACUACAACAGUACGGCCGAGAACGUUCCCUUCACGUCCGACCCGAGUCGGGCGGCUGCGCACAUUAAUCGGUGGGCGUCUCACAGUACCGAGGGCAAGAUUCGUGAGAUCGUCUCGUCGUCGUUCGCAGCCGAGACAGAGAUGGUGGUCGCCAGUGCGCUCUACUUCAAGGGGCUAUGGUCGGAGAUGUUCGAGAAGCAGGCGACCGAACUAAAGCCGUUUUAUCCGGACGGGUACGAGCGGCCCUCCAAACCGGUUCUCACGAUGGCGGCCAUCGGCUGCUUCCCCUACUACGAUGCGUCGUCCGAGUACGGCGCGAGGAUCGUCGGCUUGUCAUACCAGAGCAACAAGACGGCGCUCUACAUCAUCAUGCCGGUCAACUCGACUCGCCAGCGCAUGCAGGACUUCCAGCGCGGUCUCACACCGGCCAUAAUCGGUGACAUGGUGACGAAGAUGACGACGCGCAAGUUGUACCUACAGCUGCCGAAGAUGCGCAUCUCGAACACGAUCAACCUGCGCGACGUAUUGCAGCGGCUCGGGCUGCGUACAAUCUUCGACCGUGGCCAGAGCGAUCUGUCGGGGAUGAUCGCGCCGCCGUCGUCGAUCACUGCCAGUGGGUAUGCGACGCGCUUCGGUGAAACGGCCGACCCGUCGUCCGUAGUGUUUCCGGAAGACAAUCAUCAUUCUGUGGCCGAAAUGCCAACCGUCGGGCGAUAUGGAACUGAAAAUAACCGACAGCCAGCCAGUAAUCAGCCGAGUAGUAAUAGUUUCCAUCAAACCGUAGCCCCCGAACCGACUCGACAACAGCCACGGCAACAGCUGCAUGUUAGCGAAUUCAUCCACAAGGUGGAGCUGGACAUCAACGAGAAGGGCACGGAGGGCGGGGCAAUUACGACGUCCACGGUGUUCCGGUCGCUACCGUCGGUGUACUUCCGGGCCGAUGCCCCAUUCCUGCUGCUGCUUGGGCACGACGAAACUAGACUUCCUCUGUUCUACGGCAGCAUCUACGAUCCUUCGUCGUCGUAAGCUGUA